UAUUUAUGUGCCAAAACUGAGAGCAACGAAACUAUUGCCGGCUCUUCACGAGAACAAACCAUUCAAAAACAGAUUUCAAGCAAAACAAAAGUUUCAAACUUUAAAUAUAUUCGUCAACCGAUUAAUAAAGACGACAACGAAGACGACGAUGAAGUGAAUGACGGGGUGGCAGAAGAGGCCACAAAACUCAAUGUAAACACAAUCACAUGUCGUCCCGUAUCGGAGGCGUCGUUAGUCAGCGAAAUGAGUGUCUCGAGCGGAUCCCUAAGUGAUCCCAACUCUCCGAUGUGUAAAAUAUGUCACAUGAAUGCUAAGGACAACGAUCCGCUCAUCUCUCCAUGUAGAUGCAGUGGCACCAUGCAAUACAUGCACUGCGGAUGUCUUAUGAGAUGGCUUGAGAUCACAUCUAAGAAGUCACGCAAACCCUUAAGCUGUGAAUUAUGUCAAUAUCAGUAUCAGUGGCACAAAAAAUUUAAGGUCAACCACUGGCAGUUCCCUCACUGUUCCCGAAACGACAAGAUAUUACACUCGCUGUUUGUCGUGUCAUUGAGUGUUAUGGCCUGUUGUGCGGUCAUAACAGUGAUGUGCUUCAAGCAGGACAGGGGUCAGCGCAUAGACCCCAACCGGACGGAGUUGUCUCAGUCCGAAAUAGUGACACUUAUUUGCGGAGUUCUCUUCUUCCUAGCAUUUUUCAUGGCAAUGUAUGUGGAGGUGAAGGCGAGGAACACGAUAUAUAAAUUGUUUGUCAAGUUCAUUUACCUAAAUCAGCAAUGGUAUAUCGAUGAAUACGACAAGAAGGACUGCGCGCCCGUUCAUGUAUGACAUCAACUGCUAUCUAAUCACAUCCCUGUGUCGGCGGACAUGUCGUGUCUCACACGUCGAAGUAAUACAAAUCCAUUUUUAACACAUUUAUAUAACUAUGCAAUUCGUGAGACAGUAUUCAAAAUACUUAUACUUUUUGACAUAAUUUAUUUGGACGCAAACUUAUUUAUUAUAUCGUAAUUAGAUUUAAAUUUGGAAAACAAAUUAAUUUUUUCAUUCAAUGCUAUAUUUGGCUAUUGAUUGUAUGGAAGUCUUACCAAACAGACAGUGCACUUGAUUUUGAGGUCUUUAUUGGUUGGGGCUUUGAGUUGAGGGCAAUCACAACGAGACAAUUGAGACAAUUAACUAAUUUUUUAUACAAUCAAAUCAAUUGUGUAAUUAUUAUUUAUAUAAUAUGUAAAAUGCAAUCCAAACU